UAAAUGUCAUUGUCAUUUGAAAAAAAAGAAGCGGUUGCGGUUUCGAUUUUUCUCUAAAAUUUACUCCACAUUUUCUUUGUACAAAGAAAUCAAUUUACAGAUUUAUCUCCGAUUAAAUAAUUCUGUAUCAACGUCGUUUUCGUAGGUACUAUCAACCUUACUACAAACAAAAUGGCAGAAGCGAUUCAGGAACAACAAGUGAAGAAACUGAAGCGGCUUUUGGAAGGCUGGCGUAUGGCGCUCUUGCCUUUAAAAUCUGUCUUCCUUUGGGAACAGCAAUGGCAUCCGUGCGCAAUUUUUGCGUCGGUGACAAUUUUUUUCUUAACAAUUUGGCUCAUGGACCUCAACACUCUUGCAUCACUCGCAGUAGUUGGAUUGGUACUGAACUUCGUAGAUUUCAUUAUCCCGAUAGUAUGCAAUACAGUGUAUGGGCCUACGAGCUGGACUGGGCAAAAGGAGAAAAUGUUUGAAGACAUUUGCAGGAGCAUUGUGAUGAGUUACAAUAAGACAUUGGACCAAGUGAAAUCUUUCUAUUCUAUGAGGGAGAAUAGCCCUUCUUUGUAUUACAUAAUCUCCAUCAGCAUGCUGUGCAUCCUCGCCUGGAUGGCCUCAACAAUCAACAAUGUAUUUCUCCUAUACAUAUUUUCCACAGUUGUAUUGCUGUGGCCUGGCAUCCAACAACAGGGAAUAUUUAACACUCUCACAUCAUUGAUUUAUAAAGCACCAAAAAUUGCUCAGAAAACAGAGUAAACUUUUUGAAACAGUAUUAAAAACUAGCUUUUCCACAUUUAAGAAUUUGUACCUACCUUAUGAUCUCUUUUGUAUAUUUGUGAUAUUUAACAUUUUAAACUGUUUCAUGCCUCGCAUCCACUGAAUGGGUCAUAUUACAAAAAUUUGCUUAAUAUAAUAAUUGAACAUGUACAAUAUUAGAAAUGAUCACCCAACCAACUGUGUCAACCAUACUUUUGACAGUUUACACAGCAAAUAUGGACAUGGUGGGUCCUUUCUCAGAUUGUGUAUGUAAUAUUUUAAAUUAUUGUUAAAGAUUUUCAUAAUAUUGGUUGCAAUGUUGGUAAUGUUAAAAAAUGUAGCAAAGCAGCUAAAGCGGUUCAUACAUCUAGCAGUAUAUGCCAUAUCUCUUGGUAUGUUUUGUAAGAUAUGUAAUCAGCAUUAGGUGUUAGCUUAGCAUUUCACAUUCCAACAACCUACCUGGUGGAUAGCUCUAAUGCCAUAGAAAUAUGCUAAGCGAGUUCUUAUGAGUUAUAAAUAAGCAUUUUAUUAAUGUUAGCUAAAGUGUAUAAUGCAUUGUUUAGUUUUGUAAACUGGUGCAUUACCUUGGAUGUAAUAAUACCAGUCUGUAUUAUUAACACCUCCCCAUUGUUAUCUUGAUAUGGUAUAUUAUGACCUGUAUUUUGCUUCUAUGUUGAAGCCUUUAUACCUGAUGGUUUGAUCAAAAAUUCACCACUAUAAUAUUUAUAUGUAUAGUACAUAGCCAGGUCAAAAUCAUAUUUAUUAAAAGGCUCUUACUGAUAAAAGCUUAUACAUUGCUUAUCCAUGCUUGAUACACAUUUCUGUCAUAAUAUAUUUGCAGUGUGUAAACCAUGUUUAAAUUUUUAUAAGUAGGGACCUAAUGAAUAUUGGAUUUAUAGAAGUAUCCAUAGUGAGAAGCGCGCUGUGCAGUAUAGUAUAGAAAAACGUGUGACAGCAUCAGGUCGAACUCGGGUCCUAGAAGUUGUUAAUACAAGGAACUCUGUGAAGGAGGUUUAAUUGCGACGCGUGCGUAGAAGUAAUUUUAAUGCAGUGAUGUGACCUACAUCUGUGCUGCCAUCGCGUUUCAUAUUGAAAGCUUGAUUGGUACCGAAAUGAAAAAUUGCUUGUACUGGGGCAUUCACAGGUCUUGACUCUCACUGUUCAAAGAUUAUGGUGAAUUUUUGAUAGAACCCACAGAUUUAGCUUCUUGGUUCCUUAUAAACUUAUAACGUCGACCUUAGACAUGAUAAAUAGUACAAUUGGUUUUAAGUUUUAAAAUGUAUCCAUAGAUUUUAUUGUUGUAUAUUAUUGUGAUGUAUGGUCUGGUCAUUGGUUUAAGUUUAACUUAGCUUGUUCAUUGUGAGCUUUAAAGUAUAUUGGGUUAAAUUAAAGAGAAAUUUAGUAUAAAA